AUGGGGCUACAAUCCGAAGAUGAGACCACAUUUGAUUUCGGGGAUAUUUUCAAGGAACCGGAGGGGUUCCUUCCCCCGCCAAAGCCACCAACAUUCGCAGAGCAUCGCCUGAUUUCUGAAGAAAAUGCCCCACAAUGGGUUGAAGGCAAAGAUAUUCUUGAACUAGGAGCUGGUGCAGGUCUGCCAAGCAUCGUUUGCGCAAUAAAGGGGGCCAAAACCGUCGUUGUGACUGAUUAUCCCGAUUUUGAGCUUGUCGACAAUAUGCGACUAAAUGCAUCAGCCUGCGAAAAAUUUAUUCCAAAACGGCCAUCACCCUUGCACGUCGAAGGCUAUAAAUGGGGUGCUCCUACCGAUGACAUAUGCAACUUUUUACAAUCGCCUUCAGAAGGGUUUGACGUCCUGAUUCUCGCAGACGUUAUAUAUAACCACCCACAACACCAUAACUUGAUAGACAGUGUCAAGAAGACCUUGAAGCGAUCGAAGGAUUCGGUUGCUUUUGUCGUAUUUACCCCAUACCAGCCCUGGUUACUAGAGAAGAUCAUUGCUUUCUUCUCCAAAGCGGAGGAUAGUGGGUUUGAGGUCAAGGAAAUAUUUGAGAAGGUCAUGGAUAAGCUAUUAUUCGAGGAUGACCCUGGGGAUGAACAACUUAGACGGACUGUUUUCGGAUAUCAAUUGAGAUGGAAACAAGAAGAGCUAGGAAACCAAUGA